AGUGACAGAGCGACAGUUGGGAUCUUAACCAAACACACUGAAACAACUUCUAAUCUACUGACCUACUACUACUGAACAGAAACAUGGAAUCUGAGAUGAAAUGCAACAUGAGCGAGAUGUGGAGAUCCAAGAUGCCCCAGGGACUGGACUUGGAGGUUACCCAUCACCCACUGACAAUGAGGCGCGUGGUCAACCUCAUCAUUGCCAUGGAGAGACUGAAGGGCUUCAGUUCAGAGUCACUGCUGAGCACUGAGUUCACAGAUGAUAACCUGCUCAACAUGGUGCUGGAGAACGUAGUGGAAGAGAAAAUUGUGUUCGAGCGCGGAACAACUCCAGCAGCCCAGUACAGCAGGCGACGUGAGGUCCAAUGCAGCGUGACCGACAGCGAAAAGAGGAGCUUAGUUGUGGUCCCAAACAGCAUGGAGCUCCACGCAGUGAUGCUGCAGGGAGGCUCUGACAGAUGCAAAGUCCACCUGAACAUGUCAACCUACCUGGACCGUACACCCAGCGCUGAGGCUCAGACUGUGGCUCUGGGCAUCAAGGGCACAAAUUACUACCUGUCUUGCCACAAGGAUGGAGAGGAGCCAACCUUGCAUCUGGAGGCAGUGGACAAAGCCAGUCUGGCGAACAUCACCUCGGACAGCGACAUGGUGCGAUUUCUCUUCUACAAACAGGACUCCGGGUUGAACAUCAGCACCCUGAUGUCUGUCCCCUUCAGCAACUGGUACAUCAGCACAGCAGAGGAGAACAACCGGCCGGUGCAGAUGUGCCAGGAGACUGCCAGACGCCACCGAGCCUUCAACAUCGACAACCUGAAAGUGGACCCUACAACUGAGGAUCAAGUUUGUCCCAUUUUAAACGGACUGUAAAAUACACUACACUUCAGAUAUCUUAUAUUGUAUUCAAAAAAUCAGCAACAAAGAUAUCUAUAUUUGUUUUAAAUGAUUACCACUGUUGGCUAGAACGACUUCUGCAAGUUUUACAGAGUCUAUUUAAUGUAUGUACCGAGUACACAAAGUGAGAUGCUUAAUGUAUUGACAUAGUCAAGUAUCACCACAAGGUGGCAUUAUUGUGCCGCCUGGUGAGCACCCUUUGUAUUUAUUGUGCUGAAUGACAUGACACGCUAUUAUUGCUUUUAUCUAUUAAUUUAUUUUAUUGUAUUUAUUUAUUAACCAUUAAU